UGAUGUCUUAUUGUUCGAAUCUGCACUCUUCAGUUUCCAGCCUUCCGUCCAGCAGUUGAGACGGUAGCAACAUGCUGGCUGUGACGCUCAAGCGCAUGGCAGCGUGCUGUCCUGCUGUAUAUCGCAGCUUUUCAUCGCGCACGAGGGUUUGGGACCUGUUCCCAGCACCAGAAAUGCCUGUUGUUAAACCCGCGGCGCCGCAGUACAUGAUGAACAUGAGGGACAAUCUCGAGUUUGCACUGGAGCGUAUGCGCCUCACAGAAGGACCCGUAGCGUUGCAACUGCUAAACCGCAACGCUCGUCGACCCAAGAAGGCAAAUCAUGGCAAGCGACCGUGCUCGCAUUACCGCAGAAGAUUAAAACGUCUCGGUCGUCGCUCGGACAAGUAGAAGUGAAUAUGCUCAAUGUUUACUUAAAGCGGGGUUUUUUUUAGUGCUAGGUUACAGGAAGGCAUGAUGCAUAAUAGACUGGAAAAGAGUUAUCGA